UGAAAAAAAAAGAUCUUAACAAACUGAGCGCCAAGGCUAUUACGGCGUUAAAGACUAAAUUAAAAAAAAACAAUACACUUUAUGAAAUUGCAAUGAACGAAUAUAGGAAAGAACCUUACGAAGAAGAUGAAGAAGAUGAGUUGGAUUAUAACGAAAGUAACUUAAAAGAUGAUGAAAAUGAAAAAGGUGAUGAUCCGGAAUUUAAAAAGACCAGAAAUAAGAAAGUUGCCAUUAAUUUAACUGCUGUUCUUGAAAAGAAACCACUCGAAAUUUUCCCAAAAGGAACCAAAAUCACUGCGCAAGUUGUACUUGCGAAAUUGCGGGAGUUAGCUCGUCAACGUGGCAAAAAACUCACAAUUUUUGUUGAAGUGAUGGACCAAUUGAAUCAACUUAAAAAAAUUAUUUCGGAGCAUCAACUUGGAAGUGGAUUGGAAGUAAAAUUGACUUGUCUUCUUAUUUUAUACCGCUCAGAUAAUUUUGUGCGGGGGACCAAUUAUAUUGCUGCUUCUGAGUGGCUAGAAGUUGUUCAAGAUGUGGAACGUCUUUUAACGUUUACUGAUUCCGUGAAUAUUUAUCCACGGUUGACUGAGGAAGAAGAAGUCGUAGAAUUAACUUCCGAGCAACAAACAUAUAAAGUAAACGGCGAUAUUCUUUCGUACAUAGAAAAGUUGGACGACCUUCUCAUUCGUCACUUACAAGCUGCCGACCCACAUACGACCGAAUACGUGGCACUCUUGAAGAACGAGAACGUGUUAUAUAAAUUGCUCUUGGACAGCCGGACGUUUGUUGAGUCUUUUCACAAUGAAAACUAUAACUGUAGGCUUUACAGUUUGCUUCUUUCUCAUGUUUAUUAUAAAAAACUGAAUAUAUUAAAGAAAGUUGAUGAGCUGAUUGGUGUCCCACACGAUCCAGAAUUUCUUAAAAAACUUUGCAACUACUUAUACGCACACAGUUCGAUUGGUCCUUUGCGUGCACGUGCUAUUCUCUGCCACAUUUACUUUUUAUCUCUUCACGACCACUGGCAGGAGGCACGUGACUUGUUGCUCAUGUCUCAUUUGCAGGACUCCAUUCAUCUCGCCGAUGUGGACACGCAGAUUUUAUAUAAUCGCGUUUUGGCUCAACUCGGCUUGUGCGCAUUUCGUUGCGGCAAAAUUGUUGAGGCGCACUCGUGCUUGUACGACCUCACUUCCAGCGGCCGAGCUAAAGAUUUACUCGCUCAGGGAUUCACCAAUCAACGGCACAGCAUGCGAACUCCGGAACAGCAGGCGGCCGAGAAGUCCCGCCAAGUGCCCUUCCACUUGCAUAUUAACUUGGAACUUGUUGAGUGUGUUUGCUUGUCUUGCGCGAUGCUAUUAGAGAUCCCAAAUAUCGCGGCCAAUCCGUAUGACAAUAAAAGACGAGUCAUCUCAAAGCAGUUUCGAAGACUUCUCGAGCACAACAACCGUUUGCCCUUCAGCGGCCCGCCAGAGAACACGCGCGAGCACAUUGUAGCUGCGGCCAAGUGUCUUUCCCAUGGUAACUGGAAGGGAGCAUGUGAUCUCUUGUUUAAUAUAAAAGUGUGGCCGCUUUUGGCAAGUUUAGACAAAGUUAAAGAGAUCCUCGAGGCCAAAGUCAAGGAGGAGGGUUUAAAAACGUAUCUCUUUACGUACGGCCCCAUGUAUGACUCCUUACGAUUGGACGAACUAAGUGGAAUGUUUGAACUCAACUCCAAACACGUAAGGAACCUCGUGACUAGACUAAUGAUUCGUGGGGAGCUACGAGCCUCAUGGGAUCAAGAGCGUGACUGCAUCGUCAUGCACAAGAACGAGCCAACCAGGCUGCAGCACCUGGCUAAGCAGCUGGCGGAUAAGGGCGCCGUCCUCGUGGAAAAUAAUGAGCGCUUCUUGGAUAUGUUGACGGGCGUUUAUGGCUACCGGGACAACAUUCGCGGGCGAGUCGGUCCACAUGAUUCUCAGGUCACGAGGCGAUACCCACUAAGAGGUGAAGGCCACGGCGGACGCGGAGCACGAGGGAUUCAGGGUUCUUCCGUGGGUGGAGGAAGAGGCGGACGAGGAUGGGCGUGGGGUAAAGGUGGUGGCUUGGACGCGCCAGUGGAAAGUUUUAGCGGCGGCGGGAGAUUUGACUCGCGCUUCAUGCAAAAUAAAAGCACAUUGGCUGGGCAGCUGUAG